CGCAGGGUGUGCGGAGGACAUCCGGGCGGGCGGGCGGGCGAGGGACACCCCACCCCCUCGCUUCGCCCCGCCGCUCCCGCGGGGCGCAGGGUGUGGCUGAGGGCCGGGUGGGGAGCGGAGCCGCCUGGCAGGAAGCGGCCCGGCCACCGCACCCGCCUGCGGUGUGGCAGCGCUCGGGCUGCCGCCACCCUUCACCGGGGACCCGGCUCUGCCUGCCUGCCCGCCCGGCGGGCGUGUGGCGGCGGCCCGCCCGGCCCGCCCCCGGCAGUGCCGGGAGGGCGGCGGCCGCCCUGCCCUUCCCGCUCGGAGGAGCUACCAGCUCUACCCUGAGACCUCUGUGAAGAGGCCAGAGAGGAGAGCUUUCGCGAGGGGAGGGAGACUUCGAGCCGUUUUCUUGCGUGGUUUGGUGCAGGCGAGCUGCGGGGGACAUGCGGUGGCCGCCCUGGCUGGCCGCCUGGCUGGCCUGCGCCUGCGGGGCCUGCGCGGCCGGGCGGCCGGCCGCCCUGUGCGCCUCCCGCGGGCUCUGCCCGGCCCCUCGCGGCACCAACGCCUCGCAGCCCGCCCCGGGGCACUGCCUGCGGCGGCGGGGGGCGGCCGGGCUCUGCGCAUGGCCCCUCGCCUCCGACAGCCUCCUCGAUUCUUUUCCAAUUGAUGGGAUCCAGGAAAAUUAUGUCCGUAAUGUGAGAAACUGCAUUUUUUCAAUUGUCUAUCCUACACCUUUUAAAUCUAGAGUUCGUCUUGUAGUUGUUUCAAAGGAAGUUCUUGAAAAUAUUUUGGAUCUUGAUAUAUCUGUCAAAGAAACAUCUGAUUUUCUUCAGUUCGUCAGUGGUGGGAACGUGAUAGUCGGGUCUGUUCCAUUGGCCCAUAGGUAUGGGGGUCAUCAGUUUGGUAGCUGGGCGGGUCAGCUGGGUGAUGGAAGAGCCCACUUGAUCGGAGUAUAUACAAACAGGCAUGGUGAGAGGUGGGAACUACAGUUAAAAGGGUCAGGAAGAACCCCAUACUCCAGGAAUGGCGAUGGAAGAGCUGUGCUUCGCUCUUCUGUGCGAGAAUUUUUGUGUAGUGAGGCCAUGCAUUACCUUGGAAUUCCUACAAGCAGAGCUGCUAGCUUAGUUGUUAGUGAUGAUGAUGUGUGGAGAGACCAGUUUUACAAUGGAAAUAUUAAGACAGAAAGAGGUGCAAUAGUGCUACGUCUUGCCAAAUCGUGGUUUCGUAUAGGAUCCUUAGAAAUCUUAGCUCAUUCGGGGGAACUGGACUUACAAAGAAGAUUGCUAGACUUUAUCAUCCAAGAACAUUUUCCAUCAAUAGCCAUGAAUGAUUCAGAUAGAUAUCUGGAAUUUUUCUCUACAGUCGUGUCAGAGACUGCAGAUCUGAUUGCAUUGUGGAUGUCUGUGGGGUUUGCACAUGGUGUGUGCAAUACAGAUAAUUUCAGUUUAUUAUCCAUAACAAUAGAUUAUGGUCCAUUUGGAUUUAUGGACUCCUAUGACCCAAAUUUUGUUCCAAACACAUCUGAUGAUGAAAGGAGGUACAAAAUAGGAAACCAGGCAAAUGUUGGGCUGUUUAAUCUGAGCAAGCUGUUACAAGCUCUAAACCCCUUACUGGAUCCCAGGCAAAAGCAGCUAGCUUCCCAGAUUUUGGAGGGGUAUGGUGAGCACUAUUACAGCCGUUUCACAGAACUAUUCAGAACAAAAUUGGGUCUUCUUGGGGAGAAUAAGAAUGAUAACUAUUUGAUUGCUUUCCUCCUAAAACUUAUGGAAGAUACAAAGGCUGAUUUUACAAUGACAUUUCGACAGCUCAGUGAAAUUACUGAAGACCAGUUAAAGGAGCUCUGUAUUCCUGAGGAGUUCUGGGCUCUUCAGGAUCUGGGUAAACACAAGUUAUUUUCAGAAUGGGUUACUAUGUACCUCUUGAGAUUAAAUCGCAACAAGGGUGAUUCAGACACAAAGAGAAGAACAAGAAUGACAACUGUUAAUCCUAGAUACAUACUUAGGAAUUGGAUGGCAGAAUCAGCAGUGCAAAAAGCUGAUUUGAAUGAUUUCUCGGAGGUUCAUCUCCUACAGCAGGUUUUACAACAUCCCUUUCAGAGACAGCAGGCUGCAGAGAAAGCAGGCUACUCCCUGCGCCCCCCAGCUUGGGCCAAGGACCUUAAAGUAAGCUGUUCAUCCUGAGAGCAAUUUGAACAAGCAAGAAAAAUGAUCAAGGUCAAAGCUCAGCCCUUCAAGUAGGAUUGAUGGAUCAAGCCACAGGAGCUUCUUUCCCUUCUGCUUUGUGCAUUGGAAUCUGCCACUCUGCUAGGCAAGAGAAGGUCUUGACCAACUUUAUAAAGUCUAAAGAAAUGGACCGCUAUGUAUGGUUGCAUCAGUAAAUUCUAUUGGCAUUUAUGACUCUGCCCCUUCGUAUUCAGCUGUGCGUUAAUUUUGAGUCGCAAUAUUUAAGUUCUGCCAAACCGUCACACUUAACCACUCAGAAUUCAUGGCUGAUCAGGUGGGUCUCAAUAACUUCUAAUGGCUGGUCAAUUUAAAAUCCAUCUAUGCUAGGUUUAUUCAUACAGUAUUUUGAUGAAUGUCCUCCUUGCUGUUACACGCUGUUCAAAUAUAAUUGUAUUCCAAAGACAUAAAUGUUCUUAAGUCUUUUGCUGAGUUGGAACAGAGGAUGAUCUUACCCUUAUACCUCACCACCUUUUCUCUUUUUGACCUUGUUUUGUCCCAUCCAGAUAUAUCUUUGUUUUGUCCCAACAAAGAUUUAAAGGAAAUUCAAUUAAAUAGUGAGCAAAGA